GGAAAACCAGCAAAUGUGUUAUGUGAGGUCCAGAUAAAGUCAUUCCGCAUUAGGACGGUUGAUAGAUGGAGUGCAAUCCUGGCAAUGGAAUAGGUGACAAGUAGAUUUCUACUCGUAUCUCUUGCAUGUGGCAAGCUCUACCUCGAACAGCACAGCUUUGCAAUGGAGGAGAAACGUGUGGUCAUCAAGUGUGUGGACAUGCGCGAAGAUCUUCAGAGCGAGGCGAUUCAAUGUGCAUCUGAGGCCAUGGAACUCUACACUGUUGAAAAGGACAUCGCUGCCACAAUCAAGAAGCACUUUGACGAGAAAUUCAAGCCAACAUGGCACUGCAUCGUCGGCAGAAACUUCGGGUCGUAUGUCACUCAUGAAAGCAGCCACUUCAUCUAUUUUUACAUAGGUCCUCAAGCUAUCCUGCUGUUCAAGUCAGGAUAAUUUGCAUCUUAUCGGAACCUUGUGAGACAUCCAGCUUCUUCUUGUGACCUGGGCCAUGUACUUUUGAGAGUCAUGUCUGGCCAUUGCAAUGCUGCAACAAGUGUGGAAAAUCUGACAGAUAACAAUGAGGGAGCAAUGAUUUCAUCAGAUAGUCUUUUUCUGAAGAAGUUCUUCAUGUCAAUCUUGAAGUGAUGGGAGCAUAUCAUAUCCGUCUCCAGGGAGGCAGAAAUCUGGCCAGACAGAUUUCCGCCAGACACACUUAAUUGUCUGUGCAGGAUUCCCAAUUCUAAUGGUAUAUACUGUGUUAGCGCACACACAAUGGUGAAUUU